ACGAUUACAGUAGGACCAUGGAUCUGUUUGGAGAUAUAGAUGACAUUUCUUCAGAGAGUGAUGAGGACAAUCUACCACCUAUCCCAAGAAAAUCUGUGGAUAAACACGGAGGGUCUCAGGACCAGGAGGAGGAAGAACCCAUUUCUGAAACAACAAUCGAAAUAGAAAUUCCCAGGAUCAAUUCAGAUUUAGGAAAUGAUUUGUAUUUUGUUAAGCUACCUAAGUUCCUCAGCAUAGAACCCAAACCUUUUGAUCCUCAGUCCUAUGAAGAUGAAUUUGAAGAUGAGAAAAUACUUGAUGAGGAAGAUAGAACCAGGUUAAGACUAAAGGUAGAAAAUACUAUACGUUGGAGAGUACGCCGGGAUGAAAAAGGGAAUAAAGUUAAAGAAAGCAAUACUCGCAUAGUCAAGUGGUCAGAUGGAAGCAUGUCCCUGCAUUUAGGCAAGGAAGUGUUUGAUGUCUACAAAGCCCCAUUGCAGGGCAAUUGCAACCACUUGUUCGUAAGAGAAGACACUGGUCUACAAGGACAAACCAUCUUUAAAUCCAAACUUACCUUUAGACCUCAUUCUACUGACAGUGCCACACAUAAAAAGAUGACCUUGCCACUUGCUAACAGAAAUUCAAAGAAACAGAAAAUUAGAAUCUUACCCAUUGCUGGUUGUGAUCCUGAAUGUCAGCGUGCAGACAUGAUGAAGAAAGAAGAACGGUUGAGGGCUUCCACUCACCAGGGGUCUAAGAAAACCCAUCUGUGGGAGAAGCAGAACCAGCAAAGGCUGAGUGUUCAGGAUCCUAACAGUGAAGAUGAGGAGGAAAACGCCGUCAGCCUGGCUGCCAUCAAAAACUAUUACCAAGGGGAACCCCGAGAGGCACAAGCCAGAAUCAAUUCCUCAGACAGUGAUGAGGGGUCAGAAGAUAAGGCUCCAGGAUUGCUCAAAGCAAAGAAACUCACCAGUGACGAGGAUCCCCAGAGGAGGAAACCUCAGCUGGGUGCUGAAGGAGUGGAAGCUUGAAGGCUCCCAGGCCCCGAGACACCAAGUCUCAGCUGGAGAACUACAAAUAGUUCAGUACAGGUAAAGCAAGGGGUCUGCUAUGAUCACUGUGGGAACCUGGGUAUAAUUGUCCACUGUUUGGACAUAAUAGUAGUUGAAGGUUAUUUCAUUUCCAUGUUAUCCAAGUAUUUUUCCUUUGUUUCCUUUUCCCCUUCUGAAAUCACAGGGGCAAAGAAAUUUUAAGCCUUUUUUUUUUCUGAGACAGAGUCUCACUAUGUCACCCUCAGUAGAGUGAUGUGAUGUCUUAGCUCACAGCAACCUCCAACUCUUGGGCUUAAGUGAUUGUCUUGCCUCAGCCUCCCAAGUAACCGAGAUUACAGGCGCCACCCUCGGUAUAUGGGGCCGGCACCCUACUCACUGAGCCACAGGUGCCGCCCAGUCACAUAAUGUUUAGUUAAACAUCAGUCACUUGUAUGUUCAUUUUUUUCUCUCUCUCUCUAUACAACACACACACACAUAUAGGUUUAGCUGUCCCUCAGAAUCUGUAGGGGAUUGGUUCCAAGACCCUCCAAAAUACCAAAAUCUUUGGAUGCUCAAAUCCCUUGCAUAAAAUGGCAUAGUAUUUGCAUAUAAAUUGCAUAAUCCUUCCAUAUACUUCAGUUUUUUCUUUCUUUUGAGACAGUCUCCCUCUGUCGCUCAGGCUAGAGUGCUGUGGCAGCAGCCUAGCUCAUUGCAACCUCAAAUUUAUAAGCUAGAGUGAUCUUCCUGCCUUACCUUCCUAUGGGCACCCGCCACAAUACGUGGCUCAUUUUUCUGUUUUUAAUAGAGAGAGGGUCUUGCUUAGGCUGGUGUCACAAUCCUGAGCUCAAGGGAUGCACAUGCCUUGGCUUCCUAGAGUGUGGGGAUUACAGGCAUGACCCAUCACGUCCGGCUUGGCUUCCUUCUCAUAUUCUUUAUCUUUAGAUUACUUAUAAUACCUAAUAUAAUGUAAAUGCUACUGUGAAGAGCUGGCUUCUCCAAUGUCAGCUCAAAACUACUUUAGAAAAAAUUUCCAGAAAUAUUUUAUAUGGAAUUUUAUUUCUUAUCUCUCAUUUCUGUUCAGGAGGACUUUCCCAAAAGAGGAAAGCUGGGGGUAAAGAGGAAGAAGAUGCUAUAAACCCCUAAAGUGUGCAUGCUUGUAUGUGUCGCAUUCAACAGUUUGUUUUAAAACAAUAAUGAAAUGACUUUUUUAAAUUAUUUUUAUUAAAUCAUAACUUUGUACAUUGAUGCAUUGAAAUGACUUGUUUUGAUUGAAAUGAAUCGUUUCUGUAUAAUCCUCGUUGUGAAUAAA